UCCUGCCUACCGCUAGUACACCGGUUGGUCCAUCUUCGAGAUCGUCUGACAUCGAGAGAGGGAGUGGAGCGGGGAGAGACGGACGACGCUGUCAACGCUGUCGACCAUCACAUUUUAGCUCAGCUCCCGCAAGCAAAAUAAUUAGUUGUAUCGUUCUAAGCCACCGGCAGGAUGAGUCCAAGGGUAUUUUCAGUCUCCGUUGGAGUGUUGCUGGCUCUGCUGCAAGUCGUACCGUCGACUAUUGCUCUCGACAAUGGACUGGCACUCACUCCGCCUCUGGGCUGGAGCUCGUGGCUUGCACUGGGCGAGCGAGAUUACUGCGACGAGAAAACUCUGCGGGAUAGCACGGACGCACUGAUCGAGACCGGCUUGGCCGCAGCCGGCUACAAUACGGUCAUGAUAUCCGACUGCUGGGGAGCCGCGGGUCGCAGCACCGCCGGAAAGCUGUUGGCUAACACCACGCGCUUUCCGAGCGGGUCGCUCGCCGGCGUGAUCGACUACAUCCACUCGAAGGGUCUGCGCGCCGGCGUCUACCAAGACAUCGGCACGUACACUUGCGUGGGACGUCGGUCCGGCAUGUACGGCCAUUAUACGAGCGACGCCCAGCAGCUAGCCCUGGAGUGGAAAAUCGACUGGAUCAAGAUCGACAACUGCAACGACCCGAAAAAGCCGACGGAUCUCUACCCGCAGGUAGCGAAGGCGUUCAAUGACACGAAGCGCCCGGUGCUGAUAAAUCUAUGCGAAUGGGGUGUGGAGGACCCGUGGAAGUGGGCGCCGGAAUGUGGAAACUCGUGGAGAGUGACUGGCGACCACAUGGACGAGUUCAAGAGCACACGUGGAAUCAUUCUAAAGCAGAUCGGAAUGAGCAACUACAGUGGUGCUGCCAAGCAUGGCUGGAAUGACAUGGAUAUGGUUUUCACGGGCCUGGCCGACCAGCAGCCGCCGGGCAAGCGUUACUUCCCGGGCCAGACGCACACGGAGUACGUGACCGAGUUCAGCAUGUGGGCGCUGCUGCAGAGCCCGCUGGUCUGGACGGGCGAUGUGCGCAACAUGUCCGACUUCCAGCGCGCCGUACUGCUCAACUUUGACGUUCUCGCCGUGCACAACGACACUAGCGCACCGCAGGGCGACCUCAUCGGCAAGCUCGACAAGGCCGGCGACGUGCAGGUGUGGCGUAAGCUGAUCAACGACCGCCGCAACCAGGCCGUCGUGGUGGUGAACCUCGGCGAGACGGCGUUCCCGGCGGCGCGCGUCACGUUCGAGAUGCUCGGGCUGAGCGCCACGACGCAGGCGAUCGUGACGGAUCUGUGGAGCAAGGUGAACGUAACGGCCAUCGGCGCCUACCCGCAGGCCGCCAGUGGCCGCAGCCUGGACCCGCACGCCUGCUUCAUGGUCAAAGUAUUCCCACUUCCAAUAUAGAGUAGUGGGUCAGAGUCCCUUCCCAGGGGCGGAUCUAGGGGUUCCGCGGAACCCCUCAAUUUCGUUAAUGUGCUACUGGCAACCAUAUGCUUAUCCAUGUACAUGUAUCAGCUAUUCAGUUUUGGCUAAACUGGAACCCCCCUGUAUACAGAUCA